CCGUCGAGCAGCCCUGACGCUCCUCCCGCUCGCCUCGCCUCUCCCUCCCCGUCGCCUGCCGAAGGGCCUGCUUUGCCAGCACCCUCGCCGAAUCCACCAUGGGCAACACGUCAGCCAAGCUCAGCGACCCAGCCAAGAUUGUCGAUGGAGGGGAGCUGGUGCCCCAUGGCAUCUACUCAACGGCGCCCCAAGACUAUGACAUCAAGGUGGUGCAGAGCCUGAUCCAAGCCAGACGGCUCUCUCCUUUCUACAAGGGCCUCGAGGAUCUAUCCGAUUCACAGUUUCACCUCCAUUUCAGUCGCCACUCGGUCCCCAUGCGGCGGGAGGAAAACUCAUCGGCCGGCCGCCACGGCUCCAGCUCGUUGCUGGCCCAGCGUGUGCAAAAGUCGGCUUCUCUGCAGAACCUCAAGAUGUCGGCAACGGCGUCGCACACAAAGUCGAGUCCGUCAGCCGAUGCCGCCUCACAGGCCGAGCAUAUCAUGAAAGAAAUCUACAAGGACGCCUUUGAAUGUCCAAUAUGCUUUCUGUACUAUCCGCGCAACAUGAACUUUACCCGCUGCUGCGACCAGCCCAUCUGCACCGAGUGCUUUGUUCAAAUCCAACGACCCGAGACGACGUGGGAGCCGGCGUCGUGCCCUUACUGCGUGAUGGCCCCCUUCGGAGUCGUCUACGACCCGCCCGGCUCCCCUGGAUUCAACACCCGCUACGGCAUCACAGUCGCAACGCCACACAGCAGCAGGAGUGCUGGCGGAAACGAGAUUCAUGAGGCAGCCUCGCAUGACUCGCUGACGCCUCCGUCGACGCCCAAACGACGGCCCAGUACCAGCCAUCUGUCCAAGGGCGUUGUCACAUCAGACGACAUCCGACCGAAUUGGAGAGAAAAGCAGCAGCAGCAAGCGAUGGAGCGAAUAGCCCGCGAGCGGAGAAUGCGGUCGGCAAUGCACUCACAGCGGCUACUCCAGCUUCAAGACCAGCUUCUUGCCAACCCCGAAUCCAUCAACACGAUCGCAACAACUUGGUCCCAGUCGAUGGAAGAGGCCCGGGCAAGCCAGCGAGGCCAGCGCGAGCACCGCAGUCCGCGGUUUGAUGUGAUGCGAGCCAUUGGCGCCGAUCUGGAUGAUCUCAUGCUUAUGGAGGCCAUCCGGCGCAGCAUCCAAGACCAACAAAGGGCCGAGGAUGAACAGCAACAGGCGCUGGCGCAGAUCGAGGGCGAGUCCUCGGCCCCCACAGACGGUACAGCGGCCGAUCCCGCAGCCGCUGGCCCUUCGGCAGGUCCUUCUUCAGCAGGCCCUUCAGCCGAAGACACCGCGAAUUUCGGCGCCGCUGUUGCAGACCCACCCCAGUCAGCCAGCCUAGUACCGGCACAUGGGAGCGGGCGAGCGGACGAGGAUCAGGAGCCGCCAGCUCUUGUCGGUGCGGGUUCUGGGCCCGCCAUCGAGGUUUCGACACUGGCAGAGCCCGCUAUCGAGGCCAAGCCUGAGCAUCCGCCGCCCGUGGAAGAGCCGAGCCAUGGUGAAGAUGCCGUUGUUCCCGUCGUCGAAUCUGCCAACCUGUGAAAGGAACAGGCCCGCUGGCAGCUAUGCCGAGCUCUGCUGUUUGGCCCUGUUCUGCCUGCUCUGACUCGAUCACGGCAUAGGACAGCAAAAAAUGGUACCUCGCCGGCGGCAGCGAGAAGUACCUCCCCAGCGACGGCGGGCAGAUGCAGCCAGGUCCGUUCAGCAUGGCAUUCCCCCCUCCCACCCUCCAGCCGAUAUCCGGCGGGUGUCUGUAUGUUUCCAACUUGUCUCUGCGUUGUUUCUGACAGCGGCUCAUGAGCCGUGAAUAUACACACAUGAUCCAUUCG